CGGUCACGUGCCCGGCCUCACGUGAGGCGGGCGCGAUGGCGGACGAGGAGCGCGCCCUGCUCGGCGCUGAGGGCGGCGAUGGCGGCGGCGGCUCCCCGGGCCCUCCCCGCGGCCUGGCCGCCGCCUGCGACCCGCGGCGCCUCCCGCACCGGCUGCUGGUGCUGGCGCUGAUGUGCUUCCUGGGAUUCGGCAGCUACUUCUGCUACGACAACCCCGCCGCUCUGCAGACCCAGGUUCAGCGGGACAUGAAGGUGAACACAGCCCAGUUCAUGGCUCUCUAUGCCUGGUACUCCUGGCCCAACGUGGUGCUGUGCUUCUUUGGAGGUUUCCUGAUAGACAGAGUGUUUGGAAUCCGGUUGGGCACUAUCAUAUUCAGCAUCUUUGUGUGUGCUGGGCAGGUGGUGUUUGCUCUGGGAGCUCUGUUCAACACCUUCUGGCUGAUGGAACUGGGCAGGUUCAUAUUUGGGAUUGGUGGUGAGUCCUUGGCUGUGGCCCAGAACACCUAUGCAGUGAGCUGGUUCAAGGGCAAGGAGUUAAACCUGGUGUUUGGAUUGCAGCUCAGCAUGGCCAGAAUUGGGAGCACAGUGAACAUGAACAUUAUGGGAUGGAUCUACUCCAGAGUUCAGGAUCUCCUGGGCUCUGCUGGUCCCAGCACCCUCGGCCUGGCUCUGCUCAUAGGUGGAGUCACUUGUGUGUUCUCACUGAGCUGUGCUUUAAUCCUGGCUUACCUGGACAGGAGAGCAGAGAAACUGCUUUGUAAGGAGCAGGGGAAAGCAGGAGAAGUGAUCAAGCUGACAGAUGUGAAGGAUUUCUCCUUGUCCUUGUGGCUCAUCUUUGUCAUCUGUGUCUGUUACUAUGCUGCAGUUUUCCCUUUCAUUGGCCUGGGCAAGGUUUUCUUUAUUGAAAAAUUCAGAUUUUCCCCUCAAGAAGCUAGUGCAAUUAACAGCAUUGUGUACAUCAUCUCAGCCCCCAUGUCCCCAGUGUUUGGCCUCCUGGUGGAUAAAGUUGGCAAGAACAUCAUCUGGGUGCUGUGUGCUGUGCUCACCACACUGGGAUCACACAUCCUGCUGGCCUUCACCUUCUGGAACCCCUGGAUAGCCAUGUGCCUGCUGGGUGUGGCCUAUUCCCUGCUGGCCUGUGCCCUGUGGCCCAUGGUGGCCUUUGUUGUCCCUGAGCACCAGCUGGGAACUGCCUAUGGCUUCAUGCAGUCCAUCCAGAACCUGGGCCUGGCAGUGAUUGCCAUAGCAGCUGGCAUGAUCCUGGACACCAGGGGCUACCUGUUCCUCGAGGUCUUCUUCAGUGCCUGUGUCUGCUUGUCACUCAUAGCUGUGGUCAUGCUGUACUUUGUGAAUCACCUCUCAGGUGGUGACCUCAACUGGUCUGCAAAGAAAAGGGCAAAACUGCAAAAAGCAGCUGCUUCAGAAGCAGAAGAGCAGGAGAGGCUCAGAAGGCAGAAUGAAGAUGAUUUGGCAAAAUUGCUGCCAAAAGCUGAUGCCUUUAGUUUAAGGAAUAAAUACCUGUCCAAACUUGGAGCUCAGCUCCCAGCUCAUUACUGCUCCUGUUUCUCAACCCUGGCUCACAGAAGUGUGUUGAAAUAGCAGCUUGGCCCUGUGGAAAAGCAGGAAUACUCUGAAUUUCAGCAUAGCAGAUGCUGCAUGCUUAGCUGCAAGCCUAGAUCCUAGAUUUAAAUAUUGCCUGAAACUCCUCCCUGGGCAGCUCAGAGAUGCUGGUGGGGAAUUCUGGUCUGGUGGAACCUCUGAGUGCUGCUCCUGCCUCCUCUCUGAGUCAGGGCCAGGAUCUGAUCCGGGAAAAUCCAACAGAGAAAUUGCUGGGAUGAGCCUGGAUGGAGGUGAAGCUCUUCCAGCCUCUCCUCUUGGACACUUUUCUGGGAGAAAAAGGUGAGGAAAAGCUCCCAAGUGAAUAUUUCAGAGGGAUCUCCAAUUUCAGAACACAAAAAGUGCUCAGCUGGGAUUUAUCCCACUCAGGAACAGCAAUAACCUCUCCAAGCCUGAAUAAUGUGAAAACUGAUUUAUUUUUUAACACUUAGUGACUAAAAACUGUAAAAAGAGUUAAAGCAAGAACUGAAUUUUGCUUCCAGAGGGAAAUCCUUGAAUUCCAUGGUGGAACUCAUCAUUUUCUCAUUGUUUCAGUUCCCAGAGCUCCUGCAGAGGGCAUUUUGCUUUGGUUUAAUUACUCCUCGAGGUAAUUGGAUAAAUCAUCCCUGCACUGAGCUUUAAAUGAGGUUUUGGAGCCCCAGGAGCUGGGGAAGGUUCCUGGGAUGGCUCCAGGGAAUCCUCAAAAAGCUCAGGAGCCUCUGAAGUGUUUGGCUGCAGAGAGGGGAAUCUGUUAAAUCAAAUAUUACAUUUGAUGUAGAAUAUUCCUAAUUUAAUGUUUUUAAUUCAAGCAGAACUCACAAAGUUGGUUUGAAAAAGAGACUUUGCAGUGGAGAUUUCUUUGAUUCCUGGAAAACUCUGACCUUCCUGAAGGACCUUUGGGGUGAGAGUUGUGGGUUCUGAAGGACAAGGUGGGAAAGCCAAGCAGCACUUUGGGAGCUCUGCUGGUUUUUGUUGCUCCUUUCUGGGCUCAGAACCAGCACUGGGGCUUUCCUUGUAGAAUUGUGAAUUUGGGGUGUUUUUAAAUAAAACCUUCUGUUGGACACUGGCA